AUGUCUUUAUCAAUGCAUGGAUUUAUAUCAACAACUACUGAUCGAACAAUUUCUACUUCUUAUGCUAAUAAACCAUGUACAAGACCAAAUGUUGUAUCAGUGAUUUAUGAAAUUACUAUUGAUCCAUCACGAUCAUGUACAGAAUUUGCUUGUAUUGAACAUAUUUCUUAUCAUCCAGAAGAAAAAGAAGUUUUAUUUAGUAUUGGAGCAGUCUUUUCAAUUGAUUCUAUAUGUGAUCCGAUCGCACCAAAUCAUUUUUAUACAAUACAAGCGACAGCCUGUGAAUACAAUGAUUCAAUAAUUGAUGAUAUGAAAUUAAAACUACGAAAAUAUACUCAACCAGAACUCUAUAUAUUAUUAACUAAAUAUUUAAUUGAAUUAGAACAAUAUCGUACAGUUAGAAAAUCAUUAAUUAAUUUAUUAAAUAAUUCACAUGUAAUUGUCAACGAUGAUUCAUCAUUAGCAUCAGCUUAUAAUUGUAUGGGUGAAAUUUAUUCACGACAAGAAUUAUUUGGAGAUGCAAUAUUAUAUUAUAGAAAAGCAUUAAAAUUUCAAGUACGAUUUGAUUCAUCAAAUAAUAAUGCAUUAGCUGAAUGUUACAAUAAUAUUGGUGCAGUUUUAUUAGAACAAAAAUAUUUUUAUGAAGCUUUAGAAAAUUUUGAAGAAGCACUUCGAAUUCAAAAACGUGAACCAAUUGAUAAAAAACAUUUAAUAACAAUUUAUACAAAUUUAGGACGUGUUUAUGCAUCGAUAAAUAAUUAUGAUGAAACAGAAAAAUGUUUUAAUAAAAUAAAAGAAUUAAUCAGUCAAGAUAAUCAAAAUAUUGCAUACGAUGCUCUUGAAAAGCGUCUGAUAGAAGUGGAUGCUAAAUUUUACACAAUCUUACUCGAAGAACAACAUGAUAAGACAUUGAAUCCUUCUUUAUAUUCACGUCAAUAUUAUAAAUAUGCUGAUGAUUAUACGGAUGUAAGUAAAAUUUAUGAAAAUAUUUUACCAUUUGCACAUUCGAAAUUAAUAAAAAUUAUGAAAUAUCAUAUUCUUGCAAUCUAUAAUGCUCAUCAUAGUGUAGAGCAUAUAUCAAACCAUUCGUUUACAUCUCUGAUUAACUUACAACCUAUAGCAAGUCAUAGAAAUGAAUUAGAAAUAUUGAAUUUACUGGCAAGCUUUUUUGUUAAUAAGACAUUGGAUGGUUUUUAUACUGAGUAUAGACGUUAUGAUCUAGCAAUGGAAUAUUGGAGAAAAGGUAUUCGACCAAUGAUCUAUUUAAAUAAUAAUAAUGAAUAUGUAAUUAAUGAUCUUAUCCAUGGAUCUUAUAAUGUAGCUAUUGAAUAUUUUAAAGAAAAAGAAUCAGUAAGUAUACUAAAUCUUGGUAUAUUAUCCGCUCUAAAAGGUGAUAUUGAUAAUGCUCUUUCAUAUUUAACUCAAACUAAUUUGAAAGAUAAAAAUGAUCAUCUAAUUUCUUCAAUUUUACUUGGUAAUUUAUAUAGUAUGGAAAAAAAAUUUUCUAUUGCAAGUGACUAUUAUUGUAAUGCAUUAAAAUUUGUUGAUGAUAAUAAUCAAUAUAUGAAAAUUGAACUUUAUCUAGCUUUAGCUAAUUGUGAUAAAGAUAAUAGUUUACAUUUAUUAUUAAAACUUGAAAAAGAUAUGAAACAAUUUGGUAAUGAUUUAGAUGAUGAUAUGAUUAAAUAA